AUCGGGUAAGUGACGUCACCGUGAGCACCCGGAAGUGAUGUGGUCCCACGAUGGCUGAAGAUCCCGGUGGAUCUGAGCGGCAUUCUAACACGUUCUGCCCCCUUCCCCGCGGUCUGUAGCCAUGACCCGCUCCGCCAGCUCUACAGACAGACCCCGCCGCGACAACUCCCGCCCGAUACCGCCCUCACCAUGCCCAGGAAGGGCAACAGGAAACGGCUGAAACACCGGGUGGACGCACUGAGCUCCCAGAGAGUGACUGUGGCAGAUUAUGCCAAUUCUGAUCCUGCUGUUGUUAAGUCUGGAAGGUUGAGAAAGUCGUUGGCCAAUGCUGUACAGAAAGAAGUGAAAGCACUUUGUGGUGCAGAAGCCUCUCAUGUCCCUACUGACGAUGUAGACUCCCUUUUGUCGGAGAAUGGAGCACAUUCUGAGAGCAGCGAUGAAGACUUUGACAGUCUCAAUGAGUUGUCCUCGAAGAAAAAGAAAUCCAAGAAGAACAAAGAAAACAGCAUAGUAGAUAGAACAGGAGAUGACUAUCCAAUUGAUAUCUGGCUUGUGUUAUCUGGCUACAUCCGACCUGAAGACGUUUUGAAGUUUGCUCUUAUUUGUAAGAAUGCUUGGAUCGUUACUUGCACUGCUGCCUUUUGGAUGAGAUUGUAUAAAAGGCAUUACUGUGUGAACGUCUAUCUUCCUGUCCGUCUCCUCCCAGAAUGCAUCUGUAGACUGCGUUCCUUGCGUGCUUGUGUAAUCCGCUCCUUGUAUCACCUGUAUGAACCCUUUUGCUCUAGAGUGGCAAAAAGCCCUCAGAUUCCUGAAAUGACACCAUGCACUUUGGCAAAUUCAAAAUGUUUACUUUUCUGGUGCAGAAAAGUGACUGGAAGCAAGUCAGAAGCAAUGUGGGAGUUUAACUUUAAAUUUAAAAAGCAGCCUCCAAGACUGAAGAACCACUGUCCUAAUCAGCUGCAGCCACCCUCUGAAUACAAGGAAGUUCAUUUUAAUCCAGACAAUGACUGUUUCCUUCUUAAAGUGUCCACUCUAAAUUUUAUUUUCAUACCUGUUGUCAUGGGCAUGACUCUAACAUUUUUCACUAUUAAUGUGAGCACAGAUAUGCGACAUCACAGAGUAAAGCUGGUCUUUAGAGACUCUCCAGUGUGGAAUGGAAAAAAGCCUCAGGGUGAUCAAGGAGUUCAGAUUAUAUUGGAUCCUGUGCACAGCGUGUCUCUCUUAGAUUGGUGGCACCCAAGAUAUCCAUUUUCGUCCCGGGCCUAAUACCUGUGUGGCAAUUGACAAACUACUGGAAGCUUUCUGGAACCAAAUAAAACUCUGAAAUACAGUGUAA